GGUGUCUGCCCUCUCUGCCUGUGGUUAGGUCCCCGUCUGUUUCUUCCCCUGGGCUCCUAAUUGCCGCUCUAGCUUCUUUCAGGUCUCCGUGUCUGUUCCAGCACUCUGCGAGGCCUGAGGAGGAGGAGCAACCUGUCAAGAAUCUCUGCAGGACACGAAAAGGAGGGGAAAUCUCAACAUGGAAAAGCUCUGCAAUGAAAAUGAAAGAAUGCCUUUGAAUCAAGGAAAGACAGAAAAUGAAGAAAAGCCACAGGAUGAGGGAAAGCCAGAAGUAGCUUGUACUCUGGAAGAUCAGGAGAAGUUAGAAAAUGAGGGAAAGACAGAAGACAAGGAAAUGUUAGGGGAUGAGGAAAAGCCAGAGAGUGAGGGGAAAGCAAAGGAAGGAGGAAAGCUUGAGAGGGAGGGAAAGUCAGAGAGCAAUAAAGAGCCAAAAGAGAAAGAAAAGCCAAAGAGUGAAACAAGGGCUGCAGGAAAGCGCCCAGCUGAGGAUGAUAUACCCAGGAAAGCCAAGAGAAAAACUGACAAGGGGCUGGCCGAGUACCUCAAAGAAUAUAAAGAGGCUGUACACGAUAUGAAUUUCAGCAAUGAAGACAUGAUAAGAGAAUUUGACAAUAUGGCUAAGGUGGAAGAUGAAAAGAGAAAAAGCAAACAGAAACUGGGGGGAUUUUUGUGGAUGCAAAGAAAUUUACAGGAUCCCUUCUACCCGAGAGGCCCAAGAGAAUUCAGGGGUGGGUGCAGGGCCCCACGAAGGGACAUUGAAGACAUUCCUUAUGUGUAGUGUCCCAGCAGACAUUAACCAGGCCCUGUGCUUUAACCUUAUGGUAAUAUUUUACCAGGUGUCCUAUUACCAGCAGCCUUUAGACCUAACUGCAGCACUUAAGUUUCAGUAGCAGAUUUUCAUCUGAUGCAUGGAAAUAAUGUUUAAUGGUGCAUUGUAAAAUUAAAAAACACAACUUGUAGAACCAAAAAAAAAAAAAAAAA